AUGGUAAAAGGAAAUUCUUUGCAGUUGAAAAGGAUUCAGAAUCCUCAAGGUCAAUGGCUUGAGACUAAGGAGGAAAUUGUUGAUGAGGCUGUAAGAUUCUAUCAGGCUCAAUUCCAUGAAACUGAGCCUCAUGGUUUUUUCCAUUCCACUGUGGGUGUUAAACAAGGUGAGCCUUUAUCACCUACUUUGUUCAUUUUUGCUUAUACAGAUGACACCAUCAUAUUUUCAUCAUCAUGUGAGAUCUCAUUAGGGUUGAUCAUGAAUGUGUGGUCUAAGUACAAACAAGCCUCUGGACAGUUGAUUGACAAAGCAAAAAGUUUAGUGUAUUUGCAUGAUAAAGUAGAUGAGGAAGUGUUUCAAAAAGUUGAAAGAGUUACUGGUAUUGCAAGAAAGGAAUUUCCUUUGAUGUACCUUGGUUGUCCUAGCUACUAUAGCAAGUACAGGCUAUCAUUUUACUCAGAAUUAAUUGCUAAAGUGAGAAACAGGCUGCAAGGAUGGAAAAGGAAACUUCUGACCAAACCAUCCUUCUGGAGUUCUUUCAUGAGUAACAAGUAUUUGAAGAAGAAUAAUCCUAUACUUGUGCCAUGGAAUGAAGGGUUAUACAUUUGGAGGAAAAUGUUGCAAGUUAGGGACUUGAUUGAUCACCAAACCUGGUGGCAGCUGAGAAUAGGGUCCUCUUUAUUUUGGUUUGAUAAUUGGAUUGGUCUAGGGCCCUUAUAUUUCUUAACUCCACUAGAUUUCUACUGCAAUGAAGAGAUAAAUAAUGUAUCAGAUGUUAUGACUGAGUGGAGGUGGCAUGUUCCUGCUAUAAGGAACAACCUUCUUGAAAAUCUUACUGAAUAUAUUCUUAAUGAAGUGCAGCCUCCUGCUAGGGGUGAUGAGCUUGACAUGCCUUGGUGGAUGCUUGAAACUAGAGGAUAG